AUGCCAGCGGAAAUGGAGAUGAGCCACUUCCUGCUAAGCGGCACAAACGUGUCCCUGCUGCCGCCCAACGGAGGGGGUCCAUCUGUUCCACCGCGAAAAACACAAACGAGAGGAAACGAGAUGGAGGAAGAGCUGACACCGACUCCAGCUGGAGCCCGGUCCACGCCCCGCGCCUCUGGUCCCACCUUCAGCAUCGAUUCGCGGAACGACAGGGCCGUGUACGUGUGGGGGACAGGAGGGCAGGAGGACAGGUGGAUUUGGUCCUGGUCCCAAGUGUCUGACACGGUCCAGGGAUAA